AUGUCGUCUCAAACAUUUUAUGCCGACGCUGUCCUGUUCGACAUGGACGGUACCCUCACUGACUCUAUCGCAGCCGUUGAGGCAGCUUGGGGCAAAGUUGCCAAAGACAUUGGUCAAGACCCCGCCUAUGUGAUCGCUGCUACCCACGGCAAGCGCGCCGUCGACAAUCUCUCACAAUUCAAGCCGCACAUCAAGGCGCACGAGAUGGACGACGAGGUGCAGAAUUUCGAGGAGACCAUUCUCUUCUUCGCAGAUGCCUACAACGUCCACGGACCGGGCUCGCAGCUCACAUCGCUCGCGAACUCGCCGUUUGCCAAUUCCCCUCUUAGCUCCGGUUUCGCAACCCCUGAUCUGUCGAUGACACCAAGCAGCUCCGCGCCUUCUUCUCGUGCAUCAUCAUUCGUCUCACCUCGCCGACCUUCAUUUGCUAGCAAGCUGAAUAGCAUGCUGGCUAUGACAGUCGUACCCGAGGCUUCUGUCUACGGCCAUGGUCCCCACUUCGAGAACUCUAUCAUGGAAGAAGAUCAGCAGGACGUCAUCAUGUUCGAGGCAGACAAAAAGAAACACUGCCUACAGGCAUGGCAACAGGAAGCAGCAAGUGUUGAUCGCUCUGUCAGGAUUUUGCCCGGUGUGAAGAGAAUGAUGAGUUCUAUUCCUGAAGGCCGUUAUGCCGUCGCCACUUCGGGCGCAAAAACAUAUGCAUAUGGUUGCAUGACUCGCGUGGGCAUCACCCCGCCCAAGGUGACCAUCACCGCAGACGACAAGCGUCUCAAGGCUGGCAAGCCCGCCCCAGACCCAUUUCUCCUCGCUGCUAGCGAACUCGGUUUUUCUGCCAAAAACUGCUGUCGUGUUGCUAGCGGUGCCACCGUAAUCGCUGUGUGCACCAGCCAUGAGAGGAAGCAGAUCGAGCACGUUGGCGCACACUUUUUGGUGGAAAACAUGGACAAAGUGAAGUGCGAGCCAUGUGCGGACGGCAGACUCAAGUUUACCGUUCAGCUAUGA